CAAUAAUAAUACCACCAAAUGACAAAGACCUCGAAGUUGUAACAAAUGUGAAUCAACACAUAACGGCAUCCAGAGAAACUGCACAUCAAAACUUAAAAAAACAGGCCAAGAGAAUGACAUUAGCUUCAGAUGCAAUACACGUUCCUGUAGAAAUCGGUGAUAAUGUAAUAAUACAAAUCCCAGAUGUCGACAGAGCAAAAGCAAAUCUACGUAAUAUAGUCGGAGUGGUUCUUCAAAAGGAUGAUCAGGGUUUUCACAAGAUUGCAACGAAAUAUGGAAUGCUCGACAAAUUAUAUUGCAGGUCAGAAUUCGACAAGUGCAAAGAAAAAUUUUUGCAUGAAGAAGACGUUCCGAAUACAAAUUUACCUUUGAGAACUGUUGCUAAGGAAGCAUCCAUAGGAACAGGCCAGGGAUUUAUGCGCUGCGUAUGUAAGAAAGGAUGUAUGUCAAAAAGGUGUCUCUGCAAGAAAAAUGGCUACCUUUGUAAUUCAAAAUGCCACGAUAGUUUGUCUUGCAAUAACAAGUAGAUCGUCAUCUUUUUUAAUUUUAAGGUUGUUUGAUUAUUUUUUUAUUGUAUGUUUACC